GUGCUGAGUUUUUCAAAGCUCAUAGCAGGUUGAACAUGCUUGCUGUCAUUUUCACAGAUUCUGGUCUUUCUUAUGGGGAACUUGAGUUCCUGCAUUAAAGGUUCCCCAGAAGAUCAACAGAAGGUGGAUUCCAAAGACUGGGCAAGUGAGGACCCCUUCUCUAUUACCAAGGUGACCCCAAAGAACACAAUUAAUGAGAUUGUAAGAAGAUACAGCGUCUACACCAAGAGGCACAUGACGCAACCUGGACUCUGGGCAAACCACCGGGUGCACCUACAUGAAGGUACCGUGGAAAUUUAUUAAGUUGAUUUAAGAAUAACAAUUGUGGGUUAUAUUCAGUGUCCCGUAUGUUAGAAGAAGCUACAGAGGAGGUUAAGCCAUAUGUUCAAAUGCGCCAAAAUUUUUAUUUGCCUAGUCAAGAAGUAUUGCUGAAAUCACAAAAUUAAAUAUACAU